AGUCUGCCGGAGACAGACACCGCGCCGCAGCCUCCUCCCCCAGACAUGUCUGCUUAGACCCGAGCAGCCCCGCCGCCAGCCCCAGCCCGCCGCCGGCUCCGAGCUAUGACAGGAGUAUUUGACAGAAGGGUCCCCAACAUCAGAUCCGGCGACUUCCAAGCUCCUUUCCAGACGGCUGCAGCCAUGCACCACCCGUCCCAGGAAUCUCCCACUUUACCCGAGUCCUCCGCUACGGAUUCCGACUACUACAGCCCGGCGGGGGGAGCCCCGCACGGCUACUGCUCGCCUACCUCGGCUUCCUACGGCAAAGCGCUCAAUCCCUACCAGUAUCAGUACCACGGCAUGAACGGAUCUGCCGGGAACUAUCCUGCCAAAGCCUAUGCAGACUACAGCUACGCCAGCCCCUACCACCAGUACAGCGGGGCUUACAACCGCGUCCAGAGCUCCGCCAGCCAGCCAGAGAAGGAGGUGGCGGAACCCGAGGUGCGGAUGGUGAACGGCAAACCAAAGAAAGUGCGCAAACCCCGGACUAUUUAUUCCAGCUUUCAGCUGGCAGCGUUGCAGAGGAGGUUUCAGAAGACCCAGUACCUCGCCCUGCCCGAGCGGGCCGAGCUGGCAGCCUCCCUGGGACUCACGCAAACACAGGUGAAAAUCUGGUUUCAGAAUAAAAGAUCCAAGAUCAAGAAGAUCAUGAAAAACGGGGAGAUGCCUCCGGAGCACAGCCCCAGCUCCAGCGACCCCAUGGCCUGCAACUCUCCACAGUCACCUGCGGUUUGGGAACCUCAGGGUUCGUCCCGCUCCCUCAGCCACCAUACCCACGCACACGCUCACCCUCCAAACUCCAACCCGUCCCCUGCAUCCAGCUACCUGGAGAGCUCCGCUUCCUGGUACCCCGCUGCCAACUCCAUCAACUCCCACCUCCAACCCCACGGCUCCCUACAGCACCCGUUAGCGCUGGCCUCUGGGACGAUUUAUUAGAGCCUGGUCCUUUUUUUUUUUUUUUUUUUUUUUUUUUUGUUCCUUGGACUCCUGUGUUUUACUGUUAAGGAAUAAUAACGAAAGGAAUGCAUAUGGGGAAUUUUUAAAAGGGAAAAGAAACAAACAAAAAGAUUAAAAUGUGUAAAGCUUGUGCAUGUAACUUAUUGCAUUUCAAAGGAAACCCUUUUUUAUACAAUACGGACUUUUUUGGCUCAGCUGUGGACACUAUCAUUGGUGCCUUGAAAUCUAUGACCUCAACUUUUCCAGAGACUUUUUUCAAUGUUAUUUUAACC